AUGGUAUCACAGUGCAAACUAAAAUGUACAAGCAAAUUUAAUGACGAAGAAAAACAGCUAAUAUUUUCUAAAUUAUAUAACGGAAAGCCAAAAAACGCAGAGGACACUUUCCUUCAAGAUUUAAUGGAAACAAAAGCCAUUGUAAGACGUCGCAAACGAGUUGCCGAUGGCGAUGAACUCAAUGCAAAGCCGAGAACUGCACAUUUUCAAUACUUUGUUCAAAAAAUUGAAGAACAAGUGCCGGUAUGUAAACAGGCUUUUCUCAAUUUGUAUGCCAUAUCUCACUUCCGUGUACAACGCCUAAAUAUGUUGCUCAGUAAAGGAGAAUCUCCUAAAGACAUGCGUGGAAAGCACAACACCAGACCUACCUCAGUUACUGCCGAAACCAGGACUAAAAUGCAAAUGCAUAUCGAUUCCUUUCCAUAUAAAAUUUCACAUUAUGGUGAAAGACAUUAAAUAUUUGGACUCCAAAUUUUGUUCGACCUUUUUAUCAAGAAACACC